UCGCAUUUUUCCGCCACUGAUUCAUGACGGUUUUGGAGCCAGUCCGCGCACGGGUACUAUACACACCGGCGGCGCUUUUCGCGAAAACCAUCCAUUUUCUCUCUUUUUUUUAUGGUUGUUGUUGUUGUUGUUGUUUUGGAUUUAGUACCUACGGUUAGAUGUGCUGUUCGAUCGGUGACUAUUCUCUGGGUUGGCGAACAUGGAUAUGAGACCGAUUUGGGGCGGGUAUCCAUUUCAAGGUCAAGGACGCGUUAAUCAACUCGGCGGCGUUUUCAUAAACGGAAGACCGCUUCCGAAUCACAUCCGGUUGAAAAUCGUCGAGAUGGCGGCCGCCGGAAUCCGACCGUGUGUCAUUUCGAGACAGCUGAGAGUUUCGCACGGUUGCGUGUCGAAAAUACUGAACAGGUACCAGGAGACUGGAAGCAUCAGACCAGGCGUCAUCGGCGGAUCCAAACCUAGAGUCGCGUCCACGGACGUUGAGGCCAGGAUUGAGCAGCUGAAGAAGGAGAAUGCCGGCAUCUUUUCAUGGGAGAUCCGAGAGAAGCUACUGAAGGAGGGUGUUUCCGAGCCGCCCAGCAUUUCAGCGAUAAGCAGAUUGUUGAGGGGCAACGGAAGACGAGAGGAUCCAGACAGCAAGAAAGAUUACACAAUCAAUGGAAUAUUGGGCGGACGAGAAGACGACAGCGACACCGAAUCCGAGCCGGGAAUCCCGCUAAAACGUAAACAACGCCGUUCCAGAACGACGUUCUCCGGCGAGCAGCUGGAAGCUCUGGAACGCGCCUUCGGCCGUACCCAAUAUCCCGACGUGUACACCAGGGAGGAACUCGCCCAACAGACCGGCCUCACAGAAGCCCGAAUUCAAGUUUGGUUCUCGAACAGGAGGGCGCGUUUGCGUAAGAAUUCCGGCAAUCCGAACUCGACGAACCCUUUGACCUUUCCCAGUUUACCAUUCACUAAUGUCUCGUGUCAGUAUCCCGCUGACGGACAGCACGACUGGCGGAACGCCCAGUUGCACAACUACAACAUGUUCCAGCACAAUUACAACCAAGAGUACGCCCGGUCGGAUUACUCGUCAUUGUUCGACGCGAACUACGCUUUGGCUCAAGCGCAAAUCAACCAGGCACAAGUCGGCGCCUCCAGCAGGAUGAAAGAGGACAAAGAAUUGGAGCUGAGCAACGAUGGGGCUGGAAAUAGUGCCGGGCCAAGUUCCGAAUGGAAAGGUACCACCGAUUGGCAGAACAACGUGAUGGCCAUGCAGGAUGUUAAUCAGUUUCCGAAUCCGGAAAGUUUUGCGCAAGGACACUACAAUGUCAAGCAACAGAACUAUUGGGCUUAGUGGUGUGAUUGUUUAAUGAUGUGCAAUUCUGUUUAUGGGUUAGUUGCUAAGUGCCUUUUAUAAAUGACACUUGAUUUAUGUUUUGCGCAUAGUUCUGUAUAUUUUUUGGUUAUAAGUUAAGUAGAUAAUAUGUUUAAAUGAAAUUAUUUGUGAAUAAUUAAGAUAAUAAAGAAAACAAAUUAUAUAUUGUGCUUAUUUUAACUGUGUAACUGUGUAACUGUUGUAAAAGAGCUAAUUACACACUUUAGUAUGAAAAUUUAAACUGUACAUUGUAAUAAUUUGAAAAAUGUUUUAAUGUAA